GAAGACGAUGAUGUGACAGACGAUGAUUUGCCGGUUGACAUGGAUAUCCUGGAAAAAGUUUGCACUGGUAAAAAGACGUUGGAUCCGCGGCCGUUUGAAAAAAUUGAAUUUAAUCCUUUCGGUCCGGUGGCGAAGAUGAAAGCGGUAUUUUUUGACACAAAAAGAACUGUAUAA